CAAAACUGAAUCUUCUUCUCCAACUUUGAGUACUCCAUAAGAACAGAACCAAAUUCAAAAUUCAAAAUUUGAAAGUUUCAAACAGAGGAAAGAACAAUGGCAACAAAAUCAGACAUGAAAGGUUUCUACAAGCAAAAGAAGAAAGGCGGUGGCAUCACCAAACCAUCCAAUUCUAAAUCAUCAUUUACGAAGAAAUCCACCACCCCAAAGAACGCUGCAGCUAUUGGCUCUGAUGUUACUCAGCCCCCUGCUCUCAUUUCUCAUGGCUCUCUUGAUUUAAAAGAUGAUUAUGAUCUGAACGAGGAAGCAUUGAGGCAAUUUGACAUGAAUAUGACUUAUGGACCAUGCCUUGGAAUGAGCAGACUGGACAGGUGGGAGCGUGCUAAGAAACUUGGUUUGAACCCUCCAACAGAUGUGGAGCGCCUUUUAAGGUCUAGCAAGGUUCGCAAUGAGUCCCUGUGGGAUGGUCGUGUUUAGCCCCCUUCUGCAUUGUACGAGUCUUUUGGUUUAAGUCAAGUCGCCAUCUCUCUUUUUUUUCCCUUUUCCUUUGGUUUUUUAGCUGAACUGCUUAUCUGUGUAAAAAGAUGUACAGCAGCUGGCUGUACUGUACUAUUAGUAUCUUAGAUAUGCUCUGCUUGACUGUAAUUUUAAUGUGAUUCGCCUUUAAAUUUUCUGCUUCUCGUGUGAUUAAUUUUAACGUGUUCCCAUUCAAA